UAUGGAAGAGGCCAAAGUUGAUUCUUUCGUUGACUCUAAAGAAGAGGAAGACAUUCAAGAAGACUUUGACAAAUCUGAAACUGAGACCAAACUUAAUUCUUCGUCUGCUAAUUUGGUUGUAGAAGAAGAAGAGGACAAUAUGGACAAAUCUAAUGCUAAUAAGAACAAUUCUUUGACUCAACAGGACAAUGCUCAACUGGGUAUCCAAACACCCAAAGAGAAUAUGCAAAAGGUUGAUGGGCAACAGGGAAAGGAUCGUACUAUGGACUCUAAUGCGAUGGCUGCAAAUGCCGCAGAUAAGCAUGCUGAGUACGUUGGUGGGAAGCUCAAGCGGCUUGGCGAGACGGGUCCUGUUCAGAAGACUGUUUCUGCCUUAAACCGUAUGCGAGGAUCUGCUGAGACGAAUGACCAAACGCUUGGACGUAUAUCAAAUGCGGUGUAUUCUGCUGAUUAUGGAAUUACAUAUUUGGCAUGGCGUUUGAUUUAUGGUUUGAAAGACAUGACUUCGAAUGCUUAUACUGUUGCUCAACGAAAAGGUUUGACUAGACCGCCAGUUAUUGCUCUCGGCAUUGCUUUGCUUCUUCCAAUUCUGACAGUUAUGUCGCCUUUUCUCGUUGGCUUAGCUUUUGUUUUGGUGCCAACUUUCUUCUUUGGAUUGUUGUUCUUUGGAAUUCCUUCAAUUUGUGGGACUGUUGUUUUUCUUUUGUUUGUCUACCUUUUUGGUGGAAUGCCUAAAUUAUAUUCGAUGGCCAAUAAUUUGCUUAACAAAAUUUUUGGAAAUGAUUUUGGUAAUCGAAUUGAAGGGGAAGAAGGAAAUGACAAUCCGGGGACGAGUCAGAAUAAUUAG